UGAGAAAAUAAGUCCAAAAUCUACUUGUUUUCCAAGAAAACAUUUUCUAGGAAAACAUUUUUCAUGAAAAACAUUUUCCUUCAUACCAAACACACCCAUAGUGAUAGAAGAUGUUAGUGUGGAUUGUAUCAACGUUAUUAAAUUGGCACAAUACAUAAAUAUAUCGUUCAAACUUGUCUUUGAUUGACAAUCAUGACCUCCAACUUCAAAUAUAUAUAAUAUACACUUAAACUUUUAUAAAAUAAAAUAAGUACAUACAUGUAUUCGUCGCAGGUGUAGAGCUAAUCAAACUCGAACCGAAAUGAUAAUCCAGACUGAAUUUUUUUACUGAUUUAUCGACAAUGAGUUAUUGGUUUAGCGAUUUUGAUCACGGUUUUUAUUUUUUUUUAUCGGAUUAUCGAUUUUUAACGAUUUGAAAAUUUUUCUUAACGGGUUAACCGAGAGUAAAUUAAAUAAUUACAUUUACACAUUUGGUAUAUAAAGUCAUUGACUUAGAGUUUAGUUUCAUACUUUUAUUUUAAAUUGUCUCAAACUUUCGAUUAUCUACAACGUAAAAAUGUUUGCUUUUGAGCAAGAUGCAUUCUGACAUCUUUGGUUUGUCACCUUAUUUUUAAGUGAUUUUCUAUAAUUUUUUUGUGUGACAAAUCUCAAACGAUCAAACCGAGAACUGAAUCCAUAACGACCAAUAACCGAGAAUUCAAGCACACAAGUUCGUAUACAAAACCGCCAAACGAAUUCCAAAUUGAUUUCAGAUUCAUAUAAUUCGGCAUUUUUAGAAUUUGGAUUUAGAUAUAUUUGUUUGUUUUUGUUAUUUAAUUUCAUUAUGAUGAUCUUUUUUCUCCUUCAUUUUGCUUCUUCUUCGUCUUUGAAUGCGAUUAAGCUCACUAAUCAUAGUGUUUUUGGUCCUGGUUUGAAUCCUUGUUUUCGAAAUUAUUGCUCGUUGGAAUAAUAAUUCAAAGUUGAAGUAAAAAUCCUAAGUUAUUUAGGAUUUGUGAUUUUUUUCGUAUUUAAUUAAUUAAUGUAUUUUUAGGAUUUGUUUGUGCUAAUUCAUAUAGGAAUAUGGUUUCUAAUCCCAGUUUAAUUUGAUAAAUAGAUAUGUUACAGAAACAUAACAACUUUGAAGUAAGAUUCAACUAACUUUAAAGUUUAUAAAUAAAAUAUUUUUCUUCAUCGCCUUUUUGGGGUCUUAGUAGCUGUAGAAUUUCUGGGUUGUUUUAACUAUCUGUUGCUGGAAUUUUGUAAAGAAAAAUGCAAGAAAAGGGAUUGAAUAUAAGUAGGGGUUCGAGACGAAUGCAGAUUAUUACAGGCGGUUAUAUGGAUGAUCGAGGUUGGACUCUACUUCAUAUUGUUGCUCGAAAAGGUGACCUGAAAGAGGUCAAGAGACUUCUUAAUGAAGGCAUGGAUGCAAAUGUGACUGCUGGGGGACGGGGACCUGAGUCACUUGGUGUGACUCCACUUCAUCUAGCUGCUAAGGGUGGUCAUGUUCGAGUUAUGGAUGCAUUGCUCGAGAGAGGUGCUGAUAUUGAUGCAAGAACCAGAGGUGUAUGUGGAUGGACUCCACUUCAGCAUGCAGCUAAAGAAAGAAAGAAGAAAGCAAUCAGAUUCUUGAUCAGAAAUGGUGCAUUUUUGCCAGAUGAAAUCCAUGAUAUCAGGUUCAAUCCUCCACUUCACUAUUGUCCUGGUCUCGAAUGGGCUUACGAGGAGAUGAAACUGCUGCAACUAGAGAGUUCAUCCUCUAACAGCUCAGGAAACUGAGGAUGCAACAACACUUCUCGAAGCAUGUGUUCCACGAGGAAGAAACGUUUUACAAGCAUAGCCAUGUUCUAGAUUUCACCAUUCAUAAUCAACUUCGUCACAUCUAGAAUUGUCAUCAGUAAACUCCACAGUUACAGUCUCGAUAUAUAAUGGAUCGUCUCUUCUAUCCUUCUCUACUUAAAUAUGAUUUUUUUGUCAAGUUGAAACAAUUUUUUGUGCUUAUAACACAUUGUUAUUAAUACUUGGGAAGUGUAUGAGUUACAAAACAUACUUACCUACAUUAUUUCAUCAGCAAUAUUCAACAGCAGAUAUAUAUAGAAUAUAAAGACCUAAUAAUAUAGCAGUCAAGAAAACACAAAUUUAAAAAUUUAAUUACAAAAUAAACCAAAAAAA